AUGGUUAAGUGGAUCCAAUUAUACACCUCGUCCCUCCCCAAAUGUAAAUCCAAUUCAGACGUAUACGCACUACUACCACGCACUCAGGCUACUUACUACCUCUCCCUCGACUCCAAGUUCGUAAAAAUGCUCAACAAGCUACUGGUUGCCGCUUUGCUAUCUGCUGCUUUCGUAGCACAGGUCACGCUGGCCUCUCCAACCCAUGAGGAUGUUAUUCGCGCAAGUGAAUACAGCUGCUGCAGGACGAGAUACGGAUUCGGCAAGUCGUCACGACAUCGAACAUCGAUCGCCAGGGUCCAGGGGGGCCAUCAUAUGCACAUCAUCCUUUUGGAACCGGCGCCAUCACUCCAAUGCACCUUCACCACCCGCGAAGUUCAACCACAUGGCCCACCAGGGUCCAAACCACAUGGCUACGAAGUAACGAAGCACACUUUGUAUUUACUUAUUACCUUAAUAUAG